GUGUGUGCGUAUUAAAUUUGUUUGUAUGGCCCAUUUCUUUCAUACUUCUUUCAGUCUCUAACACUUCAAUAAUCCCCUUGUAAAUAUCGAGUAUUUAUUCAAGUUAUUUCAGAUUCGUGCAUACAAAUCGAAUCAAACAAUUAUUAUCAAAUCUGUCCUGAAAAAAUAUUCUCACAAAAAACUGCUUUUCGUUUUCAGUGAUUGAUUUUCGAGAACAAUCGGGUCCACACUUGGUAAAAAGUCCGAAAACAUGGAGGAAACGGAGGACAACUCUUGGGUUUUCGAUUCCUUGGUGUGCUUUUUGAACGGUCCUAUUUGGAAUGCACCAUUGCAGUCUUUUGUUGAAGAAAAGUCUUUAAUUUUUGAGCCGAACGUUGGUGAAAGCGAUGAGUACAAGAAAAUUUACGAUGAGUUCAAAAAUCUAGUUGACUUUAUGCUUGGAAAUUUCAUGGAGGACAUCGGCAUAACUCCUGAGCAAUUUGAAAACGCUUGCAAAGAAGGAAAAAAACACCACCUAUCUUUUGAUCACAACCUCUUCGAGCAAAUAUGGGCCGCAAACGACUACGAUAUGUUCAAGAAAAUGAUGACUCGCCGAAACGUCGAGUUACAACUUGAAGCACUCGAGCUGAUCGAAAGAAAAUACGGCAUAACCCCGGACAGUUUCGUCCCAAAAGGCAAAGAAGGGAAAUUCGUGAAAGAGAAAGAGAAUGAAGAGAAAAUGGAAAAGGUUGUCAGGGAAAUACCGGUGGUGGUGGUGGAAAACGAGGUUUUGGACGAAGUUGCUCGAACGUUCGCGUCUGAAGAAGAGCCUGCAGUUGAUACCCUGGAGGUGAAGAAUAUAAUACAAGAACAAAGACCGAAUUUAGAAAAAUUUCUACAGGAAUCUACGAAAAAUGAUUCUAUGGAAAAAACUAAAAAAGCUGAUGCUACAAAUGAGGAUCAAGGUGAAAAAUCAGGUUCACUUCAGGAUAAAGGAAAAAAGGAUGAACAAAAACCAAACGAGGUCGAUGCCAUAGAGUUGAAAAAGCGCCAAGAGUACCUCAGGGCUCAACGUGAUAAACUAGUAGCCUUGAAAAAAGAGGCUCGUAGGAAGCAGCUCAACAACGCAGAUCAACAAAGCUCAACCGCCUCUGAUGAAAGUUCAAGAAAGAGACCAAAAUCUGCUAAAGCUGCUGAGCGAGUGUUGGACGGAAAAAAGCCUAGUUUUGAAACGAAGGAGCUGAACAUCAGGAAGAGUCUUGCUGAGAAGCUUAGGGCUCAGGUUGUUUCAAAAGAUAAUAAACAGUAGGAUCAAUUAUUGAGAAUGGCAAUUUUUCGUAUAGACGUAAGACAAAAUGUAGCAAUAAAGGUUGAAUCAUAAGCACGUUACCAAAAUUUGAAUAAAAGAGUAUUGUGGGUUAAUGUUAAGGUAUGUAUAUGUGAGUUAGUUAAUUCUCGACCUUCCACUGUAACUGUUAAGCCCAAAAGUAUGAUGUGGAAAUCCGAAUAGAGUUUCUAGUUAUUGUGGUCACUUAUGGUUGCUUUAAUAUAGAAAUAGAGCUAGGAAUUACAGAUUGUAUACAUAUUACAUUAUGAAUUACAUAUUUUUAUGUAAUUUAUGAAUGUGAAAUCAUGCAUAUGUAUCAGAA